AGCGAGCGAGAGCAGCCGGAUCGGGCAUCGCGGCUGCUGCUUGCACGCAGGCGGGCAGGAGUGGCUGGCCCGCGAGCGCGUUUGAAAUUACCGAAGGCCUUCGGGUUUGUGGGUGUGGGGCAGUGCAUGUGCUUUCCGUAGAACGGACACGCUUUCGGACGCUGCUGCGUGCCCUUAAUCAGACAAUGUAUUUACUCAUAACAGUGGUGGGCUUAUUAGCCAGUGUGCGCGCUUUCAACUUGGAACCGAGGCUACCUCUUCUGAAGCAAGGGACGAAAGGCAGCUACUUUGGAUACUCCGUCUCCGAACAUCAGACCGUCGAGAACGGCGUGACCAUCGAAAGCCUGAUGCUGGUAGGAGCGCCUCGAGCUCAGACUAGCCAACCAGGCACGAACCGGUCCGGUGCUGUUUACCGCUGCCCCAUGAGCACACGCUACGACGACUGCACACAGCUUCCUGUAGAUAAUGAUACCACUGCGCCUGACAAAGAAGUGCUGAAAGACGACCAGUGGCUGGGUGUCACUGUCCACAGCCAGCGUCCUGGAGGUUCUGUUCUGGCAUGCGCCCAUAGAUAUGUGAACAAGGGCGACACCUACCGGUGGGGACGAGGUAUCUGCUACACGCUUAGCCAAUUUCUAGACCUGCACCGGGCUUGGGAACCUUGUGAAAACCGGCCUGUUGACAAGGCACAUGAGCAGUUCGGUUUCUGCCAGGCUGGAACCAGUGGUGUAAUCUCAGAGGACUCGACCAUUGUGUUGGGCGCCCCUGGUCCCUACACAUGGAAGGGAACCGUCUUCACCAUAACAGUGCAGCGAACACUGCGUGACUGGGCUUGGUCUGUCAGUCCCUUCCUGGACGAAGAGGCACCCGUUGAGAAGUACAGCUACCUUGGCAUGUCAGUAACAUCGGGCAAGUUUUUCAACAACAAUAUGCAGUAUGUGGCUGGUGCACCUCGGUCAAAUGGAACAGGAAAAGUGGUGUUCUUCGGCAAGGAGAAGGGACUGUCAAACCUGCGCACGCUACUUAUUCUGAAUGGAGAGCAGUUUGCUUCAUCCUUUGGCUACUCGCUCACAUCACUGGAUCUCAACAAAGAUGGACUAAUUGACCUUGUGGUGGGUGCUCCAUUCUAUCAUGGCAAAGGGGAAGGAGGUGCCAUCUACAUCUACCUCAACUCAAAGAAGGGCAUAUCCAGGGACACAAAGCACAUCAAGCUUAUUGGGAAAGAUGAGUCCAGAUUUGGAUUUGCUCUGUCAUCAGUUGGCGAUGUCAAUCGUGAUGGAUAUCCAGAUCUUGCCGUUGGUGCACCAUAUGAAAGCGGGGGUGGUGCCAUCUACAUAUAUUUGGGAUCAGCCGAUGGCAUAGUCAAGGAACCUUCCCAGGUUAUACGUCCAAAGGACCUUCCGAAUGAGAUAAAAGACAGGGUUAGCACUCUGGGCUAUUCCCUGUAUGGAGGCAUGGAUUUGGAUUCGAACGGCUAUCCGGACCUUCUUUCUGGCAAUUAUGAGACGGAUAGCAUAGUCCUGUUCAGGGCUCGUCCAAUCAUCGACAUCAGCACCAGAGUCAAGGGAAAGCUGCAGAACAUAGACCCUGCUGUGCAAGGCUGCCCAGAUGACCUUGACAGCCGUUAUGUAUGCUUCUCCUUUGAAGCCUGCUUCCAGUUUCUGCACAGCACCAUGCCUAAGCUGCGCAAUGGCACUGAGGCAGCACUGCUGCUCAACUACCGCAUUGAGGCUGAGACAUUCACGGGCAAGAAGUACUAUCGCGUCCGCUUUAAUGCAUCUGCCAACUCGGAGCAUCCCAACAUUGUGGAACGGGAGCUGGAGGUUCCAUGGUAUGCUGCAGGCAGGGAACAUUGCUCCAAGGAGCUGGUCUACCUCAAGGACAAAUCUGACAUUCAGAGUGCGAUAAAGAUGAAACUGAGCUACUCAUUGGUUCAGAGGGUGCCCCGUCUCCCGAUUCCCGGCGCCUCCCUACCAGACAUUGAUCGCUUCCCAAUCCUGAACCAGAAGGAGGCCUCUAGGGUCUUUGAGGCUCGCUUCCUCAAGAACUGUGGAAGCAAUGACAUUUGCGAAAGCGACCUCCAUGUCCAAGCUAAACUGCUCCUGCCCAUGGAGGAAGGUGUUCCUGUGCUGUUCCUUGGUGAAGAACAUGUCAACAUGUCAGUAGAAGUGCACAACAGGGGUGAACCAGCCUAUGAUGCUGCUCUGUACAUCUACCACUCACCUGCAUUAAGCUAUGUUGGCCGCAAGGUUGUGUCCACGGGCCUGGAUGUGGUUGACUGUGUUCCUCAUGCCACACAUGUUAAAUGUGAGCUUGGAAAUCCACUAAACCAGGGGAAGAUGGAGAUACUUCUUCGGUUCAAUACUCGUAGUGAGGCUGAUGCUGAAACUAGCAUGAAAUUUUCCAUCAAGGCUAAUACUACAAGCCAAGAACUGAGCCCUGAAGCAGACCUGGAUAUACAUGUCAAUGUUGUCCGUGUUGCAGAACUUGAACUCAGAGGAGCCACACAGCCAGAACAGGUUUGGUAUGGAGGUGCUGUUGUUGGAGCCCAUGCCAUGAAACAUUUUGAUGAAAUUGGCAGCAAGGUUACCCACACUUACCAGGUGUUCAACCAUGGUCCUUGGGCUGUGCCUUCCCUUGAUGUUGUUGUUUCCUGGCCAUUUGAAGCUGAGAACCAGCAGCAGCAUGGAAAAUACCUUCUAUACAUGACUCAUGUUCCUCAGGUGGCUGGAGAUGGAGAAUGCUUCAUGGAAGAGAGUCAGGUUAAUCCACUUGGAUUGAAGGACCGGCCCAGUGCCAUCACUGCUGCUAGUCGCACCAAGAAGCGGGAAAAGAGGGAAAUAGUUAUCUCUCCAGAGGAGGUGCGCCUGGAGGGGAAGACUGUUCGGCUUGUCACAAUGAACUGUCAUCGAGGCAGUGCCAAGUGCUUCAAGUUCCGGUGCAGCAUUCGCAAUCUCAAGAAGCAGUCAUCUGCCACAGUCACCAUCUCAGCUAGGCUGUGGAAUGCUACCCUUGUGGAGGACUAUGCAACAGUUGACCAGGUCAGCAUAUUCUCCUCGGCUGAAAUUGUUCUUGAUUCAUCCCUGGAGAUUCGACAGAAGGAAGAGGAUGACUAUGCUGAGGCGGAAACAAGAGCUUACCCCGAUGCGAGCCUGUACCAGAAGACGGAAGGUGUGGCUCUCUGGAUCAUCAUCCUUGCCAUUGUUGCAGGCAUACUUCUACUGCUAUUGGUCAUCUUCAUCCUCUACAAGUUGGGCUUCUUCAAGCGGAAGCGUCCAGCUGAUGGCUACUCACCAGCGCCUACAUCGGACAAGGAUUUUAAUGGCACAUAAUGGAAAGACGAUAUGUGCAAACAACAUCCGAGCCAAGUGAAACGAGUGUGACAUCCGUCCGGGGCGUGCUAUCCAAGUGCACCUUCCUAGCCGAUCUCAGGUCGAGGUCUGCCGAUAGCUGCGUGCCCAGCGGUGCCUGUGUCAAGCCGUUAAUCUUACUCUCCAUUCAUUUCUUACUCUUUUCACGGCCUUCAUCUCCAGUACUUUACACCCACUGGGGAGUCAUCUUGCUCUAGCAUUUUCUUCUGCAGCUUGUGGCUUUGAGCCAGUUAUGUGGACAAAGAUGGUUUUUCAUGUAUGAGAUGUAUUUACAUGGGCUUACACAAUGCCUUUGCCUUUGGCGAUGUUCACAUCUAUUGACAAUGGUAAACAAAGUGCAGGAAUGGUGUUCUAUCGCUAUAGGUGCACAAACCAUACAAACGUCAGGUGACAUAACUGUGACUUAAGUGAGUACUCUGAAGGUUUCUCUUGUUAUGCCUAAAUUUAACUAGACAGCCACUCCUAUGCCCUGCCUACCUUUUUAUGUUGAUGUAUAGUCCCAAGAAAACGUCUGGAGACCACAGCUGCCACGAAACAUUUUUUUUUUUUUUUUUUGCUUCUUAGCAACUUGGGUAUGACAGCUGGAAAUGUGUGCCUGUUCUACCAAGGUAUUGCACUGAGACAAUUCCACAUCGCACAACUGUGCGAGAAGAAAUUUUGCCGUGGUCACGAGUCUUUCACUGCUGACUGUACAUGGUGCAUAAAUAUGAAAGGAAACGCCAGAUUCUCAUCCAACACCCAUACUUUUCCUCAUUCUUGUACUGAAAUUCAAAAAGUUCCACAUGACAGAGUCUUCAUCAUGAGAACUAUGUUGCAGAUAGCAGUAAGUGAGGCUUAAAGAUGCAUGUCUGCAGCAAUCAUCAGUUAAAAACAGAUCACUUGUUCCUUUUCAUAUUGGUACACUGUUGUGCCAUCUGUUCUGAAAAUGUGCAGCUCACUGGGACUGCAGCCAGAGUAAACAGAAAACCUUGCAGCGCUGCUUGAAUUUCUGGCAUUAGCAUGGGUUGAGAGUAUAACAGCCUCUGCAGCCUGUAAUCUUUGAAAAUGUGAAAGCAAAUCUGGCGCCGGUGCUACAAGACCUCGCACACACUGGUGUCACUGUAGCACUGGCCUACACAUUUUUCUGGAUUGAAUGGUAUACAGUGCUGAGCAAUGCUGUGACACUGCUUAGGAGUCACAUCACAGUCUGUGCACCAUGGAUGGCUAGCUUUUGAUGUAAUGCACAAGGGAAUGGCACAUUCCAAGAUUUACAGCCUGCAAAAAUUAUGUUUCAUCAAUUCUUCAAGUUUCAUUGAGCAUGGCUCUUAACGACAAGCUGCAUUCAUGUGAAGCAACAAGUUGCAAGGACACUUUUGCAUUCUGCCAAAGUUCUUUCUUUCUUUCUUUCCACUAUUGAAGUUUCUGUCGCUACCAUUUCUCCUUUCCUUGCGGCACAUACUGAAGUGAUAACGUAGAUUUACACUGACUUCAAGGCCAUAAGCCGUUGAUUUCCGCAAAGUAACACUUUGAGUUGCUGGAAACAGCAGUACUCAAGUGGUGCUCUUGUCAGGGUUUCUCGUGUCUAUCAAAGGGGACUAGACCUUGUUUUCUAUAUAUUUUUUUGUGUUGUCCUGUACAGAAAGAAAUCUAUGCUUAUUUAUUUAAACGCUAGGCUUUCUAAUCAUGGAGAUGAAAGUGCUGUUUACAGCACAGGUUUUGUCGCAGUGCAGUUACUGCUGUUCUUAAGUUUCUUCAUGACGAGGGCCUGGUGAUUUGCACACAGAGAGGGCAUCUGACGUCCUCUCGACAUAGUUCACUGCCAUAGUGUUUCCAGAAACAGUGCCGAAAUGCAAGUCCCGUAAUGAGGGCCUCAUAUGAUGAGGAAGUAGAAACAGGCAGCUCUGAUGCAUUCAACAUCCACGACCAGAUUGCUGUUAAACCAAGUUCAGUGCCACACUGCCACUCUUGUAGAUGAUGUUGGCGUGGGUGCAGCCAUUAAGAAAUGGGAUUGUGCGUUUGCAGGGAGAUGGGGAAAAAUAUCAAAGUAAGUUUCUUAAUGAGCUCUGAAAGAUGAUGAUGAUAUAGUGGUCGUGAAUGAUGUCUUCUCACUCAAGAUCGUUUACUUUUCAUUUUUUGGUUGUGUAUGAACUAGUACCGAACAGUCCACAUUUUGUGCAGUGCCUUGAGAAGGUUGUUGUUAGCAGUUCCAGAUUUUAUUCUUGUAGAGGGUCCAGCAAAAGAUGUAGAGCAAAAGAUGCACGCUGGUACAUAAGGCAUGACUAUGUGGAAGAGCAAGGCUCAUGUUUAGCAAAAUUUGCUUAGUUUCAUAUUCUAUUCUAAUUUUUGAAGAUAUAGUUAGGAAAGUCCUUUCUUUGCCACUCUUGAGAUGGAGUUGGGACUGUUUGUGUGCCUAACAGAACACAUUUUUCUAUAGGUCUGUCAAACAGGUGCUACACUCUGCAAGGAAUCCGUUUUCAGCCUUUAAGAGCAAUCACUAUUUUCCUGCAGAAACUGUGUUACAAACAGUUUUUGUUUCCACUUUGGACAUCGAAUUUUCUUACUUCAGUACUCUUAAGUUGUGACAUAGGCCCAUGUUGUACAGUGUUGGUUUUAUCCUAUUAUAUUGGUUAAGGGUACAUGCUUCUAUUUGUGUUCUGAAAAUAUGAGCAAAUUCUUGGAACAAAACGUGUUAUCUUUUAGUCAAGCUGAAUGUCAUCAAAAGCGUGACUUUAUAAAUACUCCUGCAAUAGUAAGCGUUGUUGCAAAUUGGUGCUGGCAGGGAGUCUUCCCUUUGCUUCUGCCAGCAAAACAGAUGAGUGCAUUCACGUCAGCUGUGGGGACUCCUGAGCCGUAGUUUGGCUAAUGCAAGCUGCCAGGAGGGCAACAGUGUAAAGUGCAAAUACUGCACUCUCUUUUAACCCAUGGUAACAGCAUGUGGCAGCUGUUGACGCUGCACUAGUUAGUUCACUACAUAAGUAGCUCAUAUGACUCAUUUUUGUGAUGCCACAGUUAAAGAAUGCUGAUGCAUAAAAUUAUUAGUGCUGCCUUGCACAUCACAGGACCUUUUUAUUUUUUGCUGCACAGGUGCUGUCUUUUGUAUCAUGUCAUUAAGACACUUGGCUGUAACUAGCUUCAUUGUAACAGGAGGAUGAAUGAAAAUUUAAGUGCGAACAAUGAAGGUACAUUUGCUUGCCUUCCUUUCAUGUGGAAAUGUACAUAGAGCCAUUGCUUUGCAGGUUUUCUACAUUCUCGUUUUUUGUUGUUGUUGUUGUUUACAUAUAACCACAACUAUUUAUUUACCGAGUUUCCAGCUGUCACAGUGUAGAAGGCUGCAAAUGAAUUUGUAUGUAAAUCAAACCCACUGCAUUUGUGCACAUGACAAUAAAAAAAUGGUUUUCCCAGUUCUGCUUAACACAGCAUGAUGCAUCAUUUAACUGUUAUGCAAAGUGCUUGCAGAAUGAAAAUACGUAUGUCAGCAAGCCUUCUUUUGUACUAGUGCAAUUUUACUGCGCAUAGGCUUUCAGGCAAGGUAUGGAGAUAAGCUAUCAUUGCCUAUGUAAUGAGGAAAGCAUCAGCGGUAAUGCGGUGUAUGUUCUUGCAGUUCCUGUCCAUUGUGAGAUGUGCACUUUGCCGUGCUGUUUUACAUUUAACUGUGAUUUUAAUGGCUGCACAGUUGUUCUGCAAGUUUUGUAAUGUACGAGAGGAGUUGCACGUUUUGAAUACUUGACCAAUAAGUGCAUAAGCGUGCCUCGUGAGAACUGCUAUUCAAAAGAUUUUAUAGCAGUUAAUGAAAAAAAGCGAAAAAGCCAAAGUGAGCAGUAUACCUGUCUACUGCAAUCUUCCUAGCUUCCCUAAGCUUUUGAGGUCGGACUUGUGCGACAUGGUUUAAUGCUGGUCUGCUACCAUGCCAAAAAGCAAAAUAUUCAUAAAGGCUGCGUAAAUUUCCCAGUCCAAGUAAUUGAAUUUGAAGAAAGACCAUAUCAUAAGAUCGCCUUAUAUUGGACAUAUUUACUACCCAGGCCAGCUACAAUUUUAUUUGCAUUGAAACUGUACCUAUACUAGUACAAUUUUUUUUCUAGUAAUUCAGGCUUAUGCUAAAUCUUCCAGUGUUGCAUAGUUACAUGCUGUAAUGAAAGUGUAAAUUUUUUCCAGACUUAAGCAAAACAUUAAGAACAGAUUUCCUGAGUAACAAGUCAUAUGCUAAAGCACUAUUCUUAAAAAUUACCAAGCGACAUUAGCAAUAAGCAUACAAGUUAAAGGCUUUAGGUAUAUAUGUUAAUUGGCUGCUGUGCAUUCAGGUGGUUUUAUUACAAGUCACGUAUAAAAACCAUUGGGCACUUUGUCAGUCUAACUGUACCAACUUUCCUUUUGUUUUUACUGUUGGAAUGCUGAGAAAAAGAAGCAAAACAUAAUUAUGUUGCACAUGCCUUGGAACAUACCAAAUGAUGAGUGCAGUAGCUGGUUACAAACUCGUGGUGUCCAUAAAACUGCCUCUCCACCAGAAAACAUAUGACAUAGUUGUUUGAAUGUCCCUCCUUUCAUUUGUUGGUUUUGGGCUUGAAGGUUAUAUAGUGACUGAAUGAACUGCAGUUAUGUGUAUAUCUCUGUGAAAUAAACCUUUUACCUUUUAAA